CUCAUCCACUUCUCCUGCCUCCUUCUUGGGAACCAGGUGAACCUCCAGCCCCAAGCCAUGUCCUGCUGCAAGCCCUGUGAGCCCUGCUGCCAGCCUUGUGGCCCAACCCCUCUGGCCAACAGUUGCAAUGAGCCCUGUUGCAUAAGGUGCCAGGAUUCCACUGUUGUCAUUGAGCCUCCUACUGUUGUGGUGACCCUGCCAGGCCCCAUCCUCAGCUCCUUCCCACAGAACACUGCUGUGGGCUCCUCCACCUCUGCUGCUGUUGGCAGCAUCCUCAGCUGUGAUGGAGUGCCCAUCAACUCCGGGGGCUUUGACCUCUCCUGCAUCACCAACCGCUACUGCUGCAGACCCUGCUAG